CUCUCUUUGUCGUGCUGUGCACAGAGAAGAGAGAGAAAAAAAAAAGAGAAAGACAACGAAGAAAAGAACCUCUUCUUCCCCAGAACGGAGUUUGGUUUCUCAAACUCCUCCCAUUUAUCGACCCAUUUCCAUCCCCAUCUUCCUUCUGCUCUUCUCUUUCUAUCCUUCUUUUAUUUUCUUGUUCUAAUUUUCCGAGAAAGUAAAGGAAGAAAAAAAAGAGAGAGAAUUUGGGGAAGGAAAUUGAGAAAAAGGGGGUAAUUACCAUACCCAGGUAAUUAAUUUGGUGAAAUUUACGAUUUUGAUAAAGUGGGUAUUUUUCUUUGAGCGGUGGGAGAAGAAAGGGUUUGGUGUGUUGAUGGAGUUGGAUAACAUUGAGUGUGUGUCAUCUUCUGAUGGCAUGGAUGAAGAUGAGAUCCAUCAACAUCAUCACUCUGAGUUUUCUUCAACAAAGCAUAGAAAUGGAGCCAACAAUAAUAAUAAUAUUUUGGGUCCCACCGCUAUUGCUCCUGCAACAAGCGUUCAUGAAUUGCUGGAAUGUCCUGUUUGUACUAAUUCAAUGUACCCUCCAAUUCAUCAGUGUCACAAUGGCCACACACUAUGUUCCACAUGCAAAACACGGGUGCAUAACCGAUGUCCCACUUGUAGACAAGAGCUUGGAGAUAUUAGGUGUCUGGCACUAGAAAAGGUGGCUGAAUCACUUGAAUUACCGUGCAAGUACUACUCCCUUGGAUGUCCAGAAAUCUUUCCAUACUACAGCAAGCUUAAGCAUGAAACAGUAUGUAAUUUUAGACCUUAUAGUUGUCCUUAUGCUGGAUCAGAGUGUUCCGUUGUUGGAGAUAUUUCCUUCCUCGUCACUCAUUUGCGGGAUGAUCAUAAGGUGGACAUGCACACGGGAUGCACAUUUAACCAUCGUUAUGUGAAGUCAAAUCCCCGCGAAGUAGAGAAUGCAACAUGGAUGCUCACAGUAUUUCAUUGUUUUGGCCAAUAUUUUUGCCUUCAUUUCGAAGCCUUUCAGCUUGGAAUGGCCCCUGUUUACAUGGCAUUCCUUCGUUUUAUGGGCGACGAAAACGAAGCUCGGAACUACAGCUAUAGCCUGGAAGUUGGGGGAAAUGGCAGGAAACUAAUUUGGGAGGGUACACCACGAAGUGUUCGGGAUAGCCACCGUAAAGUCAGAGAUAGCCAUGAUGGUCUCAUCAUUCAAAGAAAUAUGGCCCUAUUUUUCUCUGGUGGGGAUAGGAAGGAGCUGAAACUCAGAGUCACAGGAAGAAUAUGGAAGGAACAACAGAAUCCAGAUGCUGGAGUGUGCAUACCUAAUCUUUGUAGCUGACAUGUUAUUUGAGGAGCAUUUUUUAUUGUUUGUGUUUGGUGCACUCUUCUAAGGUUUAAUUUCACCAACUUUGUGCUUGUUGAAUAGAUUAAAGGCACUGAAGUGCCAUUGUAUUUUUCAGUUUUCUUGAGCUGUGUAAUAAACAAGAUUUUUUUCUUCUUUCAGAAUUUUAUACUGGAAACUAGAAUUUAUAUCUGGUCUGAAUACUGAAGUUUGCUGCUACUUUCCGUCA